UGUAGGGAUGCUUUUUUAAUCAGAAAAGCCGCAUCCUCCUGCCCUUCAUACGGGUCCUCUAACUCCUAUUAGUGAACGUGCGCUCCUCCUCGCGCUCCUCUACGUAGUGUCUCUCUUCCAGCCAAUAGCGUCGCACCGUUCCUGAUUCCGACCACUUAUCUUCCAGCUCACAGGGUCACGAGCGCCUUCUCUGCCUGCUUACCCGAGAGACUGAGCACCGUCCUUGCACACAGUUAGGCCGGAAAAGGAGAUCUGUAACAAUGUCCAUCCUGAAGAUUCACGCUCGUGAGAUCUUUGACUCUCGUGGAAACCCCACCGUAGAGGUCGAUCUGUACACCAAGAAAGGUCUUUUCCGAGCUGCAGUUCCCAGUGGUGCUUCCACAGGUAUUUACGAGGCUUUGGAGCUUCGUGACAAUGACAAGACGCGCUACAUGGGCAAGGGUGUCUCAAAAGCAGUUGAGCAUAUCAAUAAAACUAUUGCACCUGCACUGGUUAACAAGGAUGUGAGCGUUUUGGAGCAGGAGAAGAUCGACAAGCUGAUGUUGGACAUGGAUGGCACAGAAAACAAGUCUAAGUUUGGGGCUAAUGCCAUCCUGGGGGUCUCCCUGGCUGUGUGCAAGGCUGGUGCAGCAGAGAAGGGCGUUCCCCUCUACCGCCACAUCGCUGACCUUGCUGGCAACCCUGAAGUAAUUCUCCCUGUCCCCGCCUUCAACGUCAUUAAUGGCGGCUCCCAUGCAGGCAACAAGCUGGCCAUGCAGGAGUUUAUGAUCCUGCCAGUUGGAGCCAGCAGCUUUAAGGAGGCCAUGCGGAUCGGAGCUGAGGUUUACCACAACCUGAAGAAUGUCAUCAAGGAGAAAUAUGGCAAAGAUGCCACCAAUGUGGGAGAUGAGGGUGGCUUUGCCCCAAACAUCCUGGAGAACAAAGAAGCCCUGGAGCUGCUGAAGAAUGCCAUCGCCAAGGCCGGCUACACUGAUAAGAUCGUCAUUGGCAUGGAUGUGGCUGCUUCUGAGUUUUACAAGGGUGGCAAGUAUGACCUGGACUUCAAGUCCCCUGAUGACCCUAGCCGCUACAUCACCCCUGACCAGCUGGCUGAUCUCUACAAGGGCUUUGUCAAGGACUAUCCAGUGGUUUCCAUUGAAGAUCCCUUUGACCAGGAUGACUGGGCAGCAUGGACCAAAUUCACAGGCAGCACCAGCAUCCAGGUGGUGGGCGAUGACCUCACCGUCACCAACCCCAAACGCAUCUCGAAGGCAGUCGAUGAGAAAUCCUGCAACUGCUUGCUGCUGAAGGUCAACCAGAUCGGCUCGGUCACAGAGUCUCUGCAGGCCUGCAAGAUGGCGCAGAGCAACGGCUGGGGUGUUAUGGUCAGCCACCGCUCUGGAGAGACGGAGGACACCUUCAUCGCUGACCUUGUGGUUGGCCUCUGCACUGGACAGAUUAAGACUGGUGCUCCUUGCCGGUCUGAGCGUUUGGCCAAGUACAACCAGCUCCUCAGGAUUGAGGAGGAGCUUGGUGACAAGGCCCGUUUUGCCGGACAGAACUUCAGGCACCCCAUCUGAGCGGGCCUUCUUCCUCGGGCCACUGCGUGUUCAUUGCUCAUAAUCUCCACACAUGUACGCCACGUUAGGUCUCCUGCCGUAUAUGGAGAGGAGAAGAAGAAACCUCUGUAGUCCAAGGUCCAAUCUGUGGCAUUGAAGCGACACUACAUCCUGGUGCAGCCACGGCUCAGCUCAUCCUGAAACCAUGCUUUAGCUCCCGUUAUAGUGUUGGUCUCUGUGUUUGUGUCCGUGUUGCUUUGUGUGAGAUUUCUUUAAGCUUCUUGUGAGUUGUAGUGAUCUUGGUCCUGAUUAUUUGAGCAACUGUAACUUUAGUAAGGUUCUGCCUUAUAAGCGGUGGUAAGAGUACUGUGUGUGCAAUGUUGCAUCCGAUGAGGUCUUGUGUUGUAACUGUUGGCAGAAAUAUAUAAUAAAAUAAUAUAGUUUCAAAGGUU